AUGACGCCGCGCGCGCCGCUUCCGGUAUGCGACUUCCGGUGUCCGCCGGGCGGCGCGGGCGGGGGCCCGGUCCGGCCCGGCGGGACUGCGAACCAGCUCCGCGGGGAGCUCGGGGGCGCGGACGGCGGCUCCCGCGGGGCGUGCCGGGAGCUCACGCCCAUAAAUAAAAAGCACACAUUUCACACCGAGGUGGAUGUUGUCCCAAACCACCUGGGUAAGAAGCCCACGGAGAAUUUUGGGACCAACUCUGUGGCAGGAGCCACACGGGGGAAAGGCAAGUCGAAGCCGCGGCUUACAAUGCCGAAUCUGCCUCCUGCCGUCGUCAUAGACAACGGCUCGGGCCUAAUCAAGGCUGGCAUCGCUGGGGAGAAGAAGCCGUGGAUCACCUACACCAAUGUGGUCGGCCAUCCCAAGGACAAGUCGGUGGCAGGCCAGAAGGACUGCUACAUCGGGAACGAAGCGCAGGCCAAGAGAGGGAUCCUUUCCAUCAGGUACCCAAUAGAGCGCGGGAUAAUCGUGUCCUGGGAAGAUAUGGAGGUCAUGUGGAAGAGCGUCUACGAAAACGACCUGCAGAUGCGAACUAGUGAGCAGCCUGUGAUUCUGACCGAGGCUCCGCUCAACCCUCUGAUCAACCGAGAGAAGAUGACCGAGCUCUUCUUUGAGCGCUUUGACGUGCCAGCUCUCUACGUGUCUAUCCAGGCCGUGCUUGCUCUCUACGCUUCAGGGCUCACCACGGGCUGUGUGGUGGAAUCUGGUGAUGGUGUCACCCACAGCGUGCCAAUCUUUGAAGGCUACUGCUUGCCUCAUGGCGUCCUCCGGCUUGACCUGGCUGGCCGUGAUCUUACAGACUACCUAACACAGCUUCUGAGAGACAGUGGUUCUUCACUAGUCACCACAGCUGAGAAGCAGCUCGUACAAAACAUGAAAGAAAAUUUGUGUUAUGUGUGCCUGAACCUAGAGGAGGAGAUGGCCAAGAAACCUAGUGAAGUGGAAAAAAUUUACCACCUUCCUGAUGGCAGUGAAGUUAAGGUUCACGAUCAAAGGUUUCGUUGUCCAGAAGCCCUCUUCUAUCCUCAUAAUUUUGGUGUAGAGGCACCAGGGAUUGACAAGCUCUGCUACAACUCUAUCAUGAAGUGUGAUGCCGGCCUGAGGGCUUACUUCUAUUCCAAUAUCAUCCUUUCUGGUGGUUCCAGCCUCUUCCCUGGAAUUACUGAACGCCUGAACAAGGAGAUUGUUCACAUGGUCCCAGGCAAUGUUAAGGUGAAAGUCAGUGCUCCUCCUGAGAGGAAGUUCUCUGCUUGGAUAGGAGGCUCCAUCCUUGCCUCCCUGAGUGCCUUCCAGCACAUGUGGAUCACUGUGGCGGAGUACAGGGAGGUUGGGCCUAACAUUGUGCACAGAAAAUGCUUCUAA